CAGAUGCCUAACCCACUGAGUCACCCAGGCGCCUCAAUUUUUUUAGGGACUUCUCUGUCAUCUCUAUAAUCUUUGACUAAUUUUUCUGACCCAUUCCUGUUCUUAAAUUCUUCCAUUUAAAAUGGACUGUAGUGUGCAACUGCCAGUAAAAUAAACCUGAUCACAUCCUGCCAUCAUCUGUAUGCUGGCUCUUCGAUACCUGGACCAGGUAUUCCACAGCGGAGAAAGCUCUGUGUGGCCCCUGCAUUUUAUUACCACAGUUUACCAACAGCGUCUGCGGGGUGUGAGGUGAAGGGCGCUGGAAGGACAUGCCACCCACAGUGGCUCACAGUUACCCAGCUAGGGAGACGGUGGCCGUGCCUCCCACUGCUAAAGGUGAAGGCAGUCAUCAACUCAUGCAGAACGGGCUUUGAGGGCACAGGAUGUUCUAUGCGUGGAAAGUGACUUUGGCCCCAUGGAAUAGGAGUUUGCGUAUUUCUGUGUAAAGUUUCCACAGCCUCCCCUUGGCUCCCAAACCUACCCAAAUCACAGAAUUUAGCCGCUUGAGGGAAAUCGUGAGCGCCCUAAAAGACUACAAAGAGCUCGCGCCUGGAUACAGAAUCUGAACUUCCCGCCUGUUAAUUAGAUCUGGAGAAGUAGCUCCUCUGCCAGCCUUCCAAGAAGCUCAAUGCCCAUUGGCUCUUCCUGCGUCCAAUGAGAGACUGCACCCUGCGCCGGUAGGUGGGACCCUCUUUGGCGGCAGUUGCCAGGAAACCGCGUCAACAUCAGAGAGCUGAGCCUCUGCUUUGGAAGCGGGAGGUGGUGGCCGCUGGAGCACGAGAGGGGAAUUUUCGUCUGCCAAGAUGGCUUCUAAAAGGAGAGCUAUGAACUUCAGUGAAAGACAUCAGAAAUUAGUAGAUGUAAACUACUGCAAGAAAUUGCAUGUCCAAUCACUAAGAAAGAUACAGAAUCAAGUCAGGGACCAAAUGGUGCAGAACGAAAAUGAUGACCGUGUGGAGCGCAGGAGAUUCCUCAGAUUAUUACAGAAUGAACAGUUUGAGUUGGAUAUGGAAGAAGCCAUUCAAAAGGCAGAAGAAAACAAAAGAUUGAGGGAACUUCAGAUUGAACAAGAAGAAAAAUUGGCUAUGGAAUUGGCCAAACUAAAACAUGAAAGUCUAAAGGAUGAAAAGAUGAGGCAACAAGUAAGAGAAAACAGUAUUGAGCUCAGAGAAUUGGAGAAGAAAUUAAAAGCAGCUUACAUGAAUAAAGAAAGGGCAGCUCAGAUUGCAGAGAAGGAUGCCAUUAAACAUGAGCAAAUGAAACGUGAUGCUGAAAUAGCCAAAAUCAUGAUGGAAGAACACGAGAGAGCAAUAAAGGAAGAGAAUGCUGCAGAGAACAAACGGAAUAAAGUAAAAGCACAGUAUUAUCUUGACUUGGAGAAACAACUUGAGGAACAAGAAAGGAAAAAGCAGGAAGCUUAUGAGCAGUUACUGAAAGAGAAACUCAUGAUUGAUGAAAUUGUUAGGAAAAUCUAUGAAGAAGAUCAAUUGGAAAGACAACAAAAGUUAGAAAAAAUGAAUGUAACUCGAAGGUACAUAGAAGAGUUUCAGAAAGAGCAGGCUCUCUGGAGAAAAAAGAAACGUGAGGAGAUGGAAGAAGAAAACAGAAAAAUCAUAGAGUUUGCCAACAUGCAGCAACAAAGAGAAGAAGAUCGAAUGGCAAAAGUUCAAGAAAAUGAGGAAAAAAGGUUGCAGCUUCAGAAUAUGCUGACUCAGAAAUUGGAAGAAAUGCUGCGGCAACGUGAAGAUUUGGAACAAGUGAGACAAGAAUUAUACCAGGAAGAACAAGCUGAAAUACAUAAGAUGAAACUAAAAGAGGAAGCAGAAGAGAAAUUAAGAAAGCAAAAGGAGUUGAAACAAGAUUUUCUAGAACAAAUGGCCCUGAAGGAACUAGUACUCCAGGCUGCAAAAGAGGAAGAGGAGACCUUUAGAAAAGCUACGCUAGCUAAGCUUGCUGAGGAUGAUCGAAUAGAACUGAUGAAUGCUCAGAAGCAAAGAAUGAAGCAGCUAGAACACAGGAGGGCUGUGGAAAAGCUUAUCGAAGAGCGUCGCAACCAGUUCCUUGCAGACAAACAACGUGAACUGGAAGAAUGGCAGUUGCAGCAAAGACGACAAGGAUGUAUUAAUGCAAUUAUUGAAGAAGAAAGACUAAAACUUCUCAAAGAACAUGCUACAAAAUUACUAGGAUAUCUUCCUAAAGGAGUAUUUAAAAAGGAGGAUGAUAUCGAUAUGCUUGGUGAAGAGUUUAGAAAAGUAUAUCAGAAAAGGAGCGAAAUUUGUGAAGAGAAGUGAUACCAUCAAGAUUUGGUAAAACCUGGAUUGUUUUGUUUUCACCACUAGAUGUCAGUGUGACUUUUGUUUCACAGGUCAGUGAUAGAAUCCAUAAUCUAUUUGGAUUUUCUAAAGCAACUCUGUAUUUCAUCAUUUGUAAACAAUUAUCUAUAAGAAAAUAUUUGUUUUCUGAUAAAAUUAAAUU